ACAGCCCAGGAACUAUGCAUGGGGGUCAAGGACUGCGGCUGCUCCUGCUACUGCUGACUGGUGGCCUGGGGGUUCAGGGCCGGAACCAGGAGGAGCGUCUGCUCAAAGAGCUGAUGAGCAACUAUGACCCUCACCUGCGGCCCGCUGAGCGUGAGGCAGAUGUGGUCAAUGUCAGCCUGAAGGUUACCCUCACCAACCUCAUCUCCCUGAAUGAGCGCGAGGAGGCUCUCACCACCAAUGUCUGGAUAGAAAUGCAAUGGUGUGACUACCGUCUGCGCUGGGACCCGAAAGACUAUGAGGACCUCUGGGUGUUGCGGGUGCCGUCCACCAUGGUGUGGCGGCCAGAUGUCGUGCUGGAGAACAACGUGGAUGGUGUGUUCGAGGUGGCCCUCUACUGCAAUGUUCUCGUGUCCCCGGAUGGUUGUAUCUACUGGCUGCCGCCCGCCAUUUUCCGCUCUUCCUGCCCCAUCUCCGUCACCUACUUCCCCUUCGACUGGCAGAAUUGUUCCCUCAUCUUCCAGUCCCAGACCUAUAGCACCAAUGAGAUCAAUUUACAGUUGAGCCAGGAGGACGGUCAGACCAUCGAGUGGAUUUUCAUUGAUCCCGAGGCCUUCACAGAGAACGGGGAGUGGGCCAUUCGGCACCGGCCCGCCAAGAUGUUGCUGAAUGAGGCAGUGCCAGCAGAGGAAGCGGGCCACCAAAAGGUGGGGUUCUACCUGCUCAUUCAGCGCAAACCCCUCUUCUACGUCAUCAACAUCAUUGCCCCCUGCGUUCUCAUCUCCUCUGUGGCCAUCCUCAUCUACUUCCUGCCAGCCAAGGCGGGUGGCCAGAAGUGUACUGUCGCCAUCAACGUGCUCCUGGCCCAGACCAUCUUCCUCUUCCUGGUGGCCAAGAAGGUACCUGAGACCUCGCAGGCAGUACCACUCAUUAGCAAGUACCUGACCUUCCUCCUGGUGGUGACCAUCCUCAUCGUCAUCAAUGCUGUGGUGGUACUCAAUGUCUCCUUGCGGUCCCCCCACACACACUCCAUGGCCUGCGGAGUCCGAAAGGUGUUCCUUCAGCACCUGCCCCAGCUGCUGCGGAUGCAUAUGCGUCCACUGGCCCGGGCGGCAGUGCAGGACACCCGGCCGCACCUACAAAAUGGCUCCUCUGGGUGGUCCAUCACAACAGGGGAGGAGGCGGCCCUGCGCCUACCUCACAGUGAACUGCUCUUCCGGCAACGGACCAGGCUGGUGCAAGCUGUGCUGGAGAAGCUGGAGAAAGGCCCAGAGCCGGGGUCGAGCCAGGAGUUGUGUGGGAGCCUGAAGCAGGCUGCCCCGGCCAUCCAGGCCUGUGUGCAAGCCUGCAACCUCAUUACCCGAGCCCGUCGCCAGCAGAAUCACUUUGACAGUGGAAGCGAGGAGUGGUUCCUGGUGGGCCGUGUGCUGGACCGUGUGUGCUUCCUGGUCAUGCUGUCCCUCUUCAUCUGCGGCACUGCUGGCAUCUUCCUGAUGGCCCAUUACAACCAGGUGCCUGCCCUGCCCUUCGCUGGAGAUCCUCGCCCCUACCUGCCCACGUCUGACUGA